UUGUACAGCGCAGGCGCAAUGGAUGGACCCGCCUUCUCUGUGACGUCACCCCAGCGCGACUCGGCUGGAGGCGUGCUUUCGGUGGAAGCGAGAGUGAAUGCAAAAUAUACUGAGGAGACUUUGGUGUUCACAACAGAGAUGAAACAAAGCUGAAAGUUACGAGCUUUCCUCUUUUGGCGCUUUGUAGCAUGCACCGAGGAUUAUGAUGGAGAAGUGUAUGUGGUGUACCACGUCGUUGGAUGUGGAGGGAGAUGAGGCCAUCAGAACCCUGUUACGUCGCUACAGUUCAGGAAAACUUUCUGAACGUGAGAUGGAUUCUCUGAAUGAAGACCUCAGCUGUUGUAUGGAGUGUGUGGUGGAGUAUCACAGAUCAAGAGAAAAAGUCCCUGAACUACACAAGGUUUUGUGGGAAAUGGAGAAAACUCGACUACUGCGUGUGUUGGGAUCCGUGUUGGACCAGGAGCUGGAGGAGGAUGAUGAUCUCUUUAUCAUUGAAGAUGAUGGUGUCGAACUCGUGUCAAAGAUGUCACCUAUAGAAUUCCAGAACAGUCUUCGAUUCCCGCUGUUUGAAGUUCUGAAAUAUCCGUACCUGCUUUGUUACCGUGAGCUGUGUGACAUGGCGGUGAAGGCUUUAUGUAUGCUACAGGACAUGAAUCAUUCUUUGCCCGUGUUUGAGAAGUAUCAGGGAACAUAUAUGCUGCUUGUUCAUCCCAACGAAAAGGUGCGACGAUGGGCAAUCGAUGCAGCAAAGACCAUGAAGAGUGUGGACCGGGACGCCUACUAUGAUCUUCAAGAAAUUUUCACUUGCAUGUUUUAUGUCAUUGAGCUGGGAUUUUGUGUGGAUUUACCGGCUUCAGAUCCUGAUUCUUAUGCAGGCGGUUCAGUGCCGAGACUGCCCUCUCACCUCUAUGAUUCACACAAUAAGAAGAACUACUGGUUAGGAAUCUGUAUGUUACUAACACAGCUCAGUGCCGAAGCAAUGGACUCUCUGUUUAUGGGGCAGUUCAAUCAGUUCAAUAUCCCUCUCUGCAUACUCAACACAAUGGAUGAGUUAAAACAUGAGGAUGACCCGGCGUCUGACCCGUUCUGGCCAGCCCUUCAGUGUUUUAUGGUAAUUCUGGACCGUCUUGGUUCUAAGAUCUGGGGUCAGGUCGACCCUAUUUUGGCUUUUCAGACCAUAACUGGAGCAGCCAGCUAUACUGCAGAAAUAAGAAAUAUCCAGAAGAAAACCACAAGGAGUAAGGUAAAGGUGGAGCUGGAUUCUGAUGACAAUAUGGUGACUUGCAGUCAGAUGGUAUAUGACUGUUAUGCCUCAGGGGAAAAAAGCCAAGCGUCCAGCUCAUCUUCCAGCAGUUGUAUUAGCAACAACUAUGUGAUCUAUGAAGAUAUGCAGUCCCUAGUCAACGUGCUCGAUUCAGAGAUGGGUCAGAGCAUGCGCGUCUAUGGCAGCACUUUUCUGUGGUUCAUUCCAUUUGUUCGCUCCUUAAUGGAACUUGCGGAGCUCAAUGCCUCCUACAUAAGUGAGGUCAUUCACUACCUUUGUGAUAAGAUACAAAUGAAUCGACACAUGCUGACUGGACAGGCAAACAUGUGCGACAGAGUGACUGAAUUUUUCACCCGCAUCCUUAUUCAGAUUGUUGAGCUACAUUUUAAUGAAGGAAAAAUGGGCAAACUUUAUCGCUGUGCCCCCAAGUGGGUGGAAGUGAUUGUCAUGUGUAGUGUCCUGUCUGAUGAAGCAUUCAGUGCUGGACUACCAGACAGGAUGGGUGGGAUUCACAGAGUGAGUUCAACCUCAAACACUCUUGGUGUAGUUGGCAGACUGCCUGCAUCUGGAGAUGGUGUUGGUGCCAUACUUGUGGGCUGCAUCACUCUGAUUCGACUUUUGCUGAAGGAAGGCAUACGAACCGGAUCUGACCAACGUUCUACACAUUAUUUGAAUUUGCUUAAUAAGCAGCUGCGCAGAGUUCCAAAUUCACGUUGGGAACUCACAAAAUCUGAAUCAGAUGAGCUUGAACGAUGUUUAAAAAAUAUUGUUCGGUCAAUGCCAGCAAGACCUGCUUCUCCAGCUACUUUUGUGUCCUCCCCAUCUACUUCUGCUGUAUCCUCCCCAUCCAUAGAGGCACCUACAAAUGCUCCUCUUGUCAAAAAUACAAACUUCCAUAAACUGCAGCAUGAAGACUCGGAAGCAGGUCCAAGCAAAGCAGGAGAUGCAUCUGCUCCUAUCAAACAGGAGACACUUUAUGAUUGCUUGUCAGAUGAGGAUUUCUUCAGUGGUUUUGAGAGCCUUAUAGAGGCUAAGAAGGAACCCUGUGAUCCUGUGGUUUCAGAUCCAAGACCUGCUGUUGAGUUGGCAUGCAUUAAACCAGACCUGGGAGUACUGCAGGAAAUUCGAUCCAGAUUAAAUAAUAAUAAAAAUUUAUCAAAGAUUAAGGCUAUAGCCCAAGGGAAGCCUGGUCUACCAGAGGUUGGACGAGUCGGGAGUGGCCAAAAAGAGCCUACGAGCUCUCAUCCUUUAACCUUGCAACCUGUGACGACUUCAAAACAGGCAGAAACUACCAAGAAAUGUGGUUUAAGAUCUGAGGUUGUUGAUGAUGAUAAUGAACCUCUUGAUAUCAGAAGAGAUCGUCUGAGAAAAUCUUGGAAGCUUGAAUCAAGUGAUUCUGAAGUAGACUGUAUGGAUGAUGGACAAAAGCAUACCAUGAGCACCUCAAAGGAAAGUUUCAGUACCAUUAUUAUCUCUGAUGAUGAAACUUCUGAGAAUGACGAAGAGCCAACAAAAAAGGUCCUGAGGUCAAAUGAGGUCCAAUCUCCAGUCUUACCCGAAAGUCCAGGCCGUGACUAUGAUGAUCUCAGUGAAUCACAGGUUUUUGAAUUUGAGACCCAGCAAUAUGUGGCAUCUGCUUGGGAGGAUUUGGAUAUUGGAGCAUCAAAGAAGCCUAAAUUGAACUCUGAACUCAAACCACAAGUGGCUCCUGUUCCUGAUGAAGGUUCUCCCUCGUGGAGUUCAGAGACUGAAGCAAUUCAAGAUGAGGACAUUGAGAGGGCCUGUCAGCAAGCCGAAGAGAAGAUCAGACAACAGCAGCAACUGCAAAAGCCUAGUGUUUCAUGUGCAUCUUCCUCAUCCAGCAAAAUCAGCCCUGAAGAGAACAGGGAUCAAUUCAUCAAACCACAAAUUCUGCCAGUUAAAAACCGGAAGACUGUACAAUCUGAAAAGAAAGACAUUGUGCAGUCUAAAAAACCAUUAUUAAUUGAGGCACUUGCUCAUAAAGUCAGGCGCCAUUCCUUGAAGCGCAGGUUUUCAUCUCCUGAUGUUGAGGAACCACCUUCAACUUCUGCAUCCUCAUCGGGGUUGUCAUCUCCCUCAACAUCUUCCUCUCAUAUUACAGACUCUACCUCACGUGGCAUCCCUGCUGUGGUCCCCCCAAAGAAGGUUCGUAAAGCGGUUGAGCCCGAAUCAUCAGCUGAACGGUUGGGAUUGAAGAAAAAAGAAAGAAAGGCUUUUGAUCUUUCACAGCGGUCCCUGGACAGUGUCGCUAAACUGCGGGGCCAUGGCCAGAAAGUGCAGGUGGAGCCACAGCAGAAAAAAAGGCGAAUUAGCAGCACUAAGUCCUCUCCACAGAAACGUUUAGGAAAAAGCAACAAGAAACUUUUGGCAUCACAAGAUAUGCAAUUCAUCAGGCAAAGUCGUGAUAAGCGUCAGAGGCCAGCAGGGGUAUCCAACACAUCGUUGGCUCCCAAACCUACAAUGAGCAACCAACCUGGGGAAAUGCACCUGUCAAAACCUACGGUUGCAGAACAAGAGGAUUUCGAUUUUCUUCCCUGCCCUAAGGAAGAUCCUGACCAUCAACAGAAUAAUAAAAGGCCAGCCACAGAAAUGAAAACGAACCAUACCAGUGAAAGCUGUAACGCUAGAGUUGAUAUUGAUGGAUGUAACGAGACUGAGUCAAAGUACUUCAGAAGCAGUGAGUUUGCUGAUGUUGCGGUCAACACAGAGAGGAACACAGCCACUAAGGAUGCAAAAGAAGAAGAGGAGGAGGAGGAUGAUGAAUGGAUGUUCCUCACUCAAAUGGAACCCACCGACAUGGAACUAUGCUCUCAGAUGGAGCAAUUUGAAGGGAAUGAUGAUCCUGUGGACAUGGACCUGGAUGAUGCUGUUGGUGAACCAGAAACCCCGGUGCAGCUGGCACUCCCGACAAACAAACCUUUGCCCUCUUUGCAAGAUCCAAACAUUUUCAAACGUAUUGAUUCAAAUAAUGAUAAUUUGUUCCUAAAGCCUGGCAUGUCCCCCAUGUCACAGAAAAAGGCCAAGCCUUCUACCACAAAAAUAUAUGCCCCCAGCUCACGCAGUGCCUCACUUGUCCUGGAAAUGGAAAAAGGGGACAAGCUGCCUCCUGUGGUUAAUGUUGCUAAAGCUAAGAAUGCCCAACUGGCACCAGCGAUGCCACCCCCAAAGAUGACCCCUCCUGUGGUUCCUCCACAAUUCGCACAGCCGUUGCCUUCUGUACAAUUUGCACGCCCGUUGCCACCUUUACAUUUCACACGGCCUUCAAAACCGAUUCAUAGACCACUGAGCCAUGCCCCAAAAUCAGUCACUAGUACUACAAUAAGCUCUACAUCUGAACCGCCAUCUUACAAAACAUACCAGAGACCUGAGGCUCCAGUUAACAAACCAGUGCCCAAGUUGGAUCCGAGCCAGAAGUUUGACGUUUCUGUGUUGACACAAGCUAUUCUUAAAUGGGAAUUCAGCAUGUUUGACAAUUUCAAAACAUUUGGCAGUCCAGAUGAUCUGUGCCAGCUGCCACUGAAGGAGGUGCCAGUUAAAUUCACUAGCUACCUAGAGUACUUCAACACCCUGUACCCUCUGCUGCUGAUAAAUGCAUUUGAGGAGAUGGUUAAUGAAUGGCUCAAGCAGGGGAGGAUUGAAGUUCGUGCUCAGGUCCAGGGUAUGGAGUACAGUAAUCGCACAGCUAGUGCCAGCUUCGUAGCCAAACUUUCUCGGGAGCAAGAAAGGAGACAACUGUAUCCCAAAGAAGAUGACCUCGUACUGCUACAUCUGCCAGAGAACAUUGGAGCGUAUGCACACGAUGAACCUGCUGAACACCAUGUACUGCCUCAUUUUGGUUAUGUGUCUCGGUCCAGCGUUUCUAACAGGGGUCCAGAACCAACUGUAAACAUGACUAUCCAGACUCGUGGAAACGUAUCUUCGGUGAACACUGAGCAAGUGCGUUGUGAAGUCAUUGGGUCGUUGAUCAGCACAUUUCGAGAGUUCCGGGCGCUGUGUUUAUUGCGUAAUGGACCAAUGCUGCGUCCUCUUCUUGCUCCACACGUGUCGUAUUUCAAACACAGUCAGGAUACCCAGCUGAAGAUGGAUGCACCAGAGUACAACGCAGAUCAGUCCAGAGCGAUAGACUGUGGUCUUGCCAUGAUAAAGAGGACACAAAAGACUCCAAAAUUUCUACUGAUUCAUGGUCCUCCAGGAACAGGGAAGAGUAAAACCAUUGGCGGUCUGCUCUACAAACUUCUGUCUUCGGAUAUUAACAGCGCCACCCAGGUGGGGAAUUUUCCCUCCAAGACUCGGAGGACGCGUGUUCUUCUCUGUGCUCCCUCUAAUGCUGCCAUCGACAGUCUGAUGAAGAAAGUCAUUGUGGUCUUUAAAGAGAAAUGUCGUAACAUCAACUCUCCACAAGGUAAUUGUGGUGACAUCAAUUUGGUGAGGUUGGGCAGUGAGAAGACCAUCUCCAAGAUACUGAAACCAUUCAGCCUCGACCAUCAGAUCAGAGCUAGAGCACAGCGAACGCAGCAGACUGUAGAAGCUGACAUACAGAAGCAAAAGGAGCUGCUGGACCAGGAAAUUGAGGUUGUCUCGAAGCACUGUGCAAAGGCCCAAAAAGGGUCUUCUGAGUUCAAGAGAUGUACUGAGAGGAAAAUGGAGCUUUUAAGAGAGAUGGAAGGAUUGAGUCGAAAGAUUAAAGAGUGUCGUGGGAAGCGUCAGGAAUCUCAGGCUCUUGUGCUGCAGAACGCUCACGUCAUCUGCUGUACACUCAGCACCAGUGGAAGCACCGUGCUGGAAAAUGCUUUCCGUCGACUUGGACACGAGCCCUUCAGCUGCGUUAUCAUUGAUGAGGCCAGUCAGGCUAAAGAAACCGAGACGUUGAUUCCAAUGCUGUAUCGAUGUCCGGCUGUAAUCCUCGUUGGUGAUCCCAACCAGCUUCCUCCAACUGUGGUCUCCCAGAAAGCCAAGGAGUUGGGCUACGACCAGUCCCUAAUGGUGAGGUUAUGCAAAAGCCUCCAGUCGAAUUCACAGCCCUCUCCCGUCUUCCUCCUCAGCAUGCAGUAUCGCAUGCAUCCCGACAUCUGCGAAUUUCCAUCCAAAUACAUCUACAACAAUACGCUCAAGAACGACUGGCAGGGCCAGUGCAGGCAGUAUGAGGAGGAGGAGAGGACUUUGACCGUGUCAGAGUUAAGCUUCAUCAGGUUAUUGAGAGGACGAUGCGAGUGUGAGACCGCUCAGAAGCGCUGUUCCUUCAGCUGGCCCUUCAAACCUUACCGAGUGUUUGACGUGACUGAUGGCAGAGAGAACAAGGAGGGCGAUUCAUUUAGUAACCAAAAAGAGGUCAAACUGGUCCUGAUGUUGUUAAAGCUGCUGAGUGAGAAGCAAUCUGUGCGUGUGGGGGUCAUCACACCAUAUAAUGCCCAGAAACGAAAAAUAAUGGAUGCCAUGAGGAAGCCGGACUUCGAAUGCAAGCACCUCCAGGUGGAAGUGGAUACUGUGGAUGGUUUUCAGGGUCGUGAAAUGGACUGCAUUAUUGUGUCUUGUGUAAGAGCCAGUAGUGAAAUGGGUUCCAUUGGAUUUCUUGGUAAUCGGCAAAGGUUGAACGUAACAAUUACCAGAGCCAAGUUCAGCCUCUUCAUACUUGGACAUCUACGCACACUCAGGGAACAAAGUGAUUGGGGAGCAUUGAUCGAUGAUGCUAAAAGACGUGGGACUAUAAUCAAAACGCAGGAGCGAGAUUACCAGAGCGACGUCAGGAAGAUCCUUAAAAGGGAUUUGCUAUCUCGCAGUCUCUCUCAUCCUCCUGUUGGAAAACCGAGCACCGUGACCUCACCCGUCCCUCAUGUUCCAAUGGAAACGGGGCGUGCUUCUACUUCACGACCUCACCCGAGCGCCGGUCUUUUACGUCAGCAAUCGAUGCCGAGGCCGAUACCUCUGGACUGCCCUAGAGACCCACAAAUAACUGACAGGCCCACAGAUCCCCGCUUUGCAGAGCGGCGGCCAAUCGGAGAACAGAGGCAGGAUGUUGAUGGGAGGGGCUUAUCAAUGUCACACCAAAGGCCCACAGAUCCCCGCUUUACAGAGCGGCGGCCAUUUAGAGAAGACUAUCGAAAUGCCGCCCAUUCUUUCCGACACACUUCCAAACGUUUUGCGUCACCGAAACGACACAGGAGAUAAAUGAAUGGUCCCUGUUUUUAUUUAUCAUUAAAAUUUCAAAGAAACUCAGGAAGUCUUUUUUUCGCCCACAUGUUUUGAGUGCCAGUUAUGCGCUAUGAAUGUGUUAAAUGUCUCUUUUCAGGCUUAUUACGUAUUAUUAAUCUGGCCAUAUUUGUUGGAUGCCACUGUAGUAUUAAAAGCGUCUUCUUUAAACUUGCUGCUAAAAACAUGAAAUCAUUCUUCAUUACAACCAAAGUUUUCUCUGUAAGGUUCUGGGCGACAGGUUUUUGCCUGUUUGGACCGUGUGUUUCUCUUCCAAAAAAGUAAAUGUAUGCAGUACCUGCACUUAAUUAAGCUGUCGAACUCGCUCAGAAAUACCCUUAAUUUUGGUGUUUGUUUUUGUACGACUUGUUUGUAAAUUAUUUAAAUGUAACACUUAAGGUUUUUGCAGUGUUGGUGUGUAAAUACAUUGUGUUUGAAUGCGAGUUGUUUUAUACUAACUUCUUUUAAAGAAAGUGGGUCUUGGAUUAUUUUCGAGGGAGGCGACUGUAAUUUUGUUUUCAGAACAUUGUAGAUUUGAAGGAGCAACAGACCAAUAACAGAACCAGAAGAAUAUGUACGUAAAUAUUUUAAAUCCAAAUGUUUAAAAAGUCAUGUUUAAGUUUUGAGGGAGAUGCGUUUAAAGUCGUUUAAUUGAAGAUACCAGACAUUUGUUUUGGGUUUUUCUUUUAAUAACAGUUUUACAAAAGUGUAUGAAGAGCCUUUUGUUUUCUACCAAUGCACUUUUUCACUUGUAAAAUGAUGAUUCCUUGAAGAUCUCUCUGACUGGGAAAUAAAAGCUU